AUGUCUGUAAAAAACUAUUACUUUUGCGCGCUAUGCGUCCAUAGCAGACCAUACUAUGCAUUUCGCGAAUUAUUUAGGCACUUACAGUUCGUUCAUAAUGGACAAUCAGAUUUUAAAGUUCGAUGUGAACUUGGACCAUUAUGUGGAAAUACAUAUUCUACUUUUACCGGUUAUAAAACCCAUAUUUAUAGAGAACACACAGAUCUUCUUGAUAAUGCUUCAUGCAAACAAGAAAUACUCAUUGAUACGAACACUCGUGAUAAUGAAACAGCAAUAGCGACAAGCUAUGAUGCACAAUUAGAUGCUGAUAAUCUAAUGCAUAAGGUAGAAGAUGAACGAGACCAGAUAGAAAGCGAAACAGAUGAUGAUGAUGAAGAUGUCAUAUGUUGGCCGUUACUCACGGAGAAAACAAUUCAAUCAUCAGAAAACAAGAUAGAUUUUGAUUACUUUGAAAAGUUUUACGUAGAUUUUUUGCUCAAUCUUCGAGAAGGUCAUUCUUUGCCACAAAAUAUAAUUCAAACAAUUACGUCUGGAUUAAAAUCUUUGAUAGAACUAGUUCAUGAAUUAUUAAAAAACGAAAAUAAAAAUUCAAGGACCAAAUAUCAAAGAUCAACUACUACUUCAGCCACAGACGAUUCUAUUUUAUUGACUGAUAUGAAAGAAGUUAUUUCAAAUGUCAUAAUAGCUAUGCAUAAAUGA